GUCCGGUGGCAGGAGGAGAGGAGGAAGGUAAAGAGAGUGGAACUGAGGGUAGGAACUUUGAAUGUUGGCAGUAUGACUGAUAAGGGGAGAGAGUUAACCAAUAUGAUGGAGAGAAGGAAGGUUGAUAUAUUGUGCGUGCAACAGACUAAAUGGAAGGGGAGUAAGGCCAGGUGGAUCGGAGGUGGAUUCAAAUUGUUCUACCAUGGUAUGGAUAGGAGGAGAAAUAGAGUAAGGGUUAUUCUGAAGGAACAGUAUGUCAAGAGUGUUCUGGAGGUGAAAAGAGUGUCAGACAGAGUAAUGAUUAUGAAGCUGGAAAUUGGAGGCGUGAUGAUGAAUGUUGUUAGUGCAUAUGCCUUGCAAGUUGGGUGUGCAAUGGAUGAGAAAGAAGAUUUUUGGAGUGAGUUGGAUGAAGUGAUGAACAGUGUACCCAAGGGACAGAAAGUGGUGAUUGGAGCGGAUUUCAAUGGGCAUGUUGGUGAAGUGAACAGAGGAGACGAGGAGGUGAUGGGUAGGUAUGGUGUCAAGGAGAGGAAUGAAGAAGGUCAGAGGAUAGUGGAUUUUGCCAAAAGGAUGGACAUGGCUGUGGUGAAUACGUAUUUUAAGAAGAGGGAGGAACAUAAGGUGACAUACAAGAGUGGAUCAAGAUGCACACAGGUAGAUUACAUCCUAUGCAGAAGAGUCAAUCUGAAAGCGAUUGAAGACUACAAAGUAGUGGCAGGGGAAAGUGUAGUUAAGCAGCAUAGGAUGGUGGUCUGUAGGAUGACGUUGGAGAUCAAGAAGAGGAAGAGAGUGAGGGCAGAGCCAAGGAUCAAAUGGUGGAAUUUGAAAAAGGAAGACUGCAAGGUUGAGUUUAGGGAGAAGGUGAGAUAGGCACUGGGUGGUAGUGAAGAAUUACCAGACAGGCUGGGAAACUACAGCAGAUGUAGUAAGGGUGACAGCAAGAAGGGUGCUUGGUGUGACAUCUGGACAGAGGAAGGAAGAAAAGGAAGCCUGGUGGUGGGAUGGGGAAGUACAGUAGAGUAUACAGAGGAAGAGGAUGGCAAAGAAGAAGUGGGAUAGUCAGAGAAAUGCAGAAAGUAGAUAGGAGUACAAGGAGAUAAGGCGCAAGGUGAAGAGAGAGGUGGCGAAGGCUAAAGAAAAGGCGUAUGAUGAGUUGUAUGAGAGGUUGGACACUAAGGAGGGAGAAAAGGACCUGUACCGAUUGGCUAGACAGAGGGACCGAGCUGGGAAAGAUGUGCAGCAGGUUAGGGUAAUAAAAGAUAAAGAUGGAAACGUACUCACAAGCGAGGAGAGUGUGUUGAGCAGAUGGAAAGAGUACUUUGAGAGGCUGAUGAAUGAAGAGAACGAGAGAGAGAAGAGGUUGGAUGAUGUGGAGAUAGUGAAUCAGGAAGUGCAACGGAUUAGCAAGGAGGAAGUAAGGACAGCUAUGAAGAGGAUGAAGAAUGGAAAAGCCGUUGGUCCAGAUGACAUACCUGUGGAAGCAUGGAGGUGUUUAGGAGAGAUGGCAGUGGAGUUUUUAACCAGAUUGUUUAAUGGAAUCUUGGAAUGUGAGAGGAUGCCUGAGGAGUGGAGAAGAAGUGUACUGAUACUGAUAUUUAAGAAUAAGGGGGAUGUGCAGGACUGUAGUAACUAUAGGGGGAUAAAAUUGAUGAGCCAGAGCAUGAAGUUAUGGGAAAGAGUACUGGAAGCUAGGUUAAGAAGAGAGGUGAUGAUUAGUGAGCAGCAGUAUGGUUUAAUGCCAAGAAAGAGCACCACAGAUGCGAUGUUUGCUCUGAGGGUGUUGAUGGAGAAGUACAGAGGAGGCCAGAAGGAGUUGCAUUGUGUCUUUGUGGACCUGGAGAAAGCAUAUGACAGGGUGCCUUGAGAGGAGCUGUGGUAUUGUAUGAGGAAGUCGGGAGUGGCAGAGAAGUAUGUAAGAGUUGUACAGGAUAUGUACGAGGGAAGUGUGACUGUGGUGAGGUCUGCAGUAGGAGUGAUGAAUGCAUUCAAGGUGGAGGUGGGAUUACAUCAGGGAUCGACUCUGAGCCCUUUCUUAUUUGCAAUGGUGAUGGACAGGUUGACAGACGAGAUUAGACAGGAGUCCCUAUGGACCAUGUUUGCUGAUGACAUUGUGAUCUGUAGCGAGAGUAGGGAGCAUGUUGAGGAGACCCUGGAGUGGUGGAGAUAUGCUCUAGAGAGGAGAGGUAUUAAGGUCCGUAGGAUCAAGACAGAAUACAUGUGUGUAAAUGAGAGGGAGACCAUUGGAAUAGUGAGGAUGCAGGGAGUAUUGUUGGUGAAUGUGGAGAAGUUUAAAUACUUGGGAUCAACAGUACAGAGUAACAGGGAUUGUGGGGGAAAAAAGUGAAAAAGAGGGUGCAGGCAGGGUAGAAUGGUUGGAGAAGAGUGUCAAGAGUAAUUUGUGACAGAUGGGUUUCAGCAAGAGUGAAAGGGAAGGUCUACAAGACAGUAGUGAGACCAGCAAUGUUACAUGGGUGAGAGAUGGAGGCACUGACCAGAAAGCAGGAGACAGAGCUGGAGGUGUCAGAGUUAAAGAUGCUAAGAUUUGCAUUGGGUGUGACAAGGUAUGGAUGUGGUGAGAGAGGAUAUGCAGGUGAUGGGUGUAACAGAGCAAGAUGCAGAAAACAGGAAGAUAUGGAAAAAGAUGACCCGCCGUGGCAACCCCUAAUGGGAGCAGCUGAAAGAAGACGACAUUGUAAUAUGUAGUAUUUGUUUUCUUUCUCAAUCUGGCAUUACUUUUCAAAAGGUACUUGUCAAAAUCUCUUACCUUCCUGAAGUAGAACAUAGUUAAAUUUUGGAAUGGAACAAGUGAAGGUUUUGCUUGGAUAUAUAUACAUCUGUCGGCUUAGAAGUAGGUUGGAGAGGGGGGAUGAGUGGAGACAGUGAGCCAGCAAGAAUGAGGAAGGUAAACAUAAAACCAGAGACUUGCUCUUAAUUUUAAGAAGAGAGCAGACAAUGUUGACUUUUAUAUUUCAUAUUAAACAAAUACAAUUGUUGCAUUGUGACAGUGAGCAGAAUUCAAAAAAACAUUUUCCAGAAUCUGUAUCAAGAUAGAUUUUAUAAAAUGCUUAAGAGUAAAAAAAGGCACAUACAUAAUUUAUACACAAUUGGUUAAGCCCCUCUGAAGUAGCUGUUUAAAGUGUUGGGCGCCAUUUGUUCAAAUUGUGAAAAAAGUGUCUAUUAGGCAAAAAUGGGGAAAAAUGCAGGAUUUUUUUCUUUUUAAUACUAGGAUUCAAAUUAAUAUCUCUUGUAAGCACAAAAAUAAAUGAAAUAUACAUUCUUAGCCAUUUGAAGGUGGUGACCAACUGACAUGAUUGGAUUUUAUGCAUAAUUAAAAAAUCAAA